UGCGCCAUAGCCUCUUCGUUAGCUUGUCGGCUAGAAGAAAGCUACUUCUCUGCUCACGGGGCGAACGCCUGUGCUCGCAAAGGACGACCUAAGUAACAAUUUGACAGAUUUUACCGAAAGCAAGGCAUUUUGCUCGUAACGGUCGUGUAAAAAUCGCGAAGGUGAAGGUCGAGACACCAGCCCAAACUGAGCCCAGCCCACAGUGUCAGACUGACGACUGCCCUGCACACAGACGCUAUGGAUCGUUCGCCCACCACCUCCAGCUUCAUGGCCAGCAGCAACGUCACCAACAAGACGGACCCGCGCUCGCUCAAUUCGCGGGUCUUCAUCGGCAACCUCAACACCUUGCUGGUCACCAAGGCCGACGUGGAGGCCAUCUUCUCCAAGUACGGCAAAAUUGUUGGCUGCUCCGUGCACAAGGGCUACGCCUUCGUGCAGUACGCCAACGAGAGGAAUGCCCGCGCCGCCGUUGGCGGGGAGGAUGGACGGAUGAUUGUGGGUCAAGUGCUUGACAUCAACCUCGCCGGAGAACCCAAACCACACCGAUCCAAAACCACCAAGCGUUCAGCUGGUGACAUGUACAGCAGUUCCUCCUUUGACCUGGAUUAUGACUUUCAGAGAGACUACUAUGACAGAAUGUACUCGUACCCGUCCCGUGUCCCCGCCCCACCUCCACCCCUGUCCCGGGCCGUCAUCCCAUCCAAGCGCCCGCGGGUCAGCCUCAGCGGUGGGGGGAGUAGUCGCCGCACCAAAAGCAGCUUCUCCUCAUCCUCCAAGAGCAGCCAGAGGGCCUACUCGUCCAGAAGUAGUGAGUCGUCUGCCUGCCAGCCUGGUCUUCAAUGUGUCAAAGUGGACGAGCUGCAGACCAUCAAGCGCGAGUUGACUCAAAUUAAAAGCAAAGUGGAUGACCUCCUGGAGAGUCUCGAGCGCAUGGAAAAGGACCACAGCAAGAAGUCUGAGUCCAAGACUUUAAAGCCAGAGCCCGGCGAGGUGACCUCCCCCCCUCACCCGAGCAGCAAGAAAGAUGAGGGCAUAAAGAGGGAAAGGGAAACCCCAGACCUCAACGACUCUGAGGAGGACGAAGAUGACGACGAAGAGGAGGGAGACCUGCUGGAGGAGGAUGAAGAAGAGGUGAAGAGCCAAGGUAGGGAGGAGGAAGAAGAGGAAGGAGAGCAUGUGGACGGAGACGACGAUGCCGACAGCAUCAACGGUGAAGAUGACUCGUAGACCCCUCCCCCAUCGCCGCUUGUAGUAGGAACUCGGACUUCAGUUUUGACCCUUAUAGUGUAGAUACAAGAGAGGAAAAAACACCAAAAUAUUGCCGACAUACACAGCAAUGAACAUGGCACGUAUACACACACACACACACACACACACACACACACACUUAUCAAGGCGUUAUUUGUUCCCGGUUGCACCGCUGUGACAGGAAUAACUUGCUGUAGGCCCUUUUAGCACGUCUCAACUGACAGCCGGACAGACUCCACGUGUGCAGUUUGUUUCUCUUAUGUUUUUUUAGCAAGUAGACGCGUCCCGCCCCCAUAGCUAGUCCUGUAUUGUCCCUCACCCUCUUCCGUCAUACAUCAAUUGCUUUGAACUUGUGUACUGUCUGUUUUUUUUUUUUAUACUAUUCACUUUCUGUUUUACUGUAAAGGAAUAAAUUGCAAUAAAAUGUUAAAAUUAA